CCCUCGGGCACGACUGCUGCCCACGGGAGCCCUAACGACGGCAGCAGCGGCAGCAGUGAAACCACGGCAUCCUCCUCCUCCUCUUCCUCCUCCUCCUCUGCCCCUCUCAUCCUUGCGCAGGGCCCUUCGAUCCGCUGGGACGGCAAGAGCACGCAGGCUGCUCUCGUGGCUUCAACGACAAGGAGCAAUGCCGCCGACGUGCCGACGCCCACUGGCUCUUGAUUCAUCCCCGAGGCACCGUCAUCCACGCAACCCUCUCCUAUCCCCCAUUUUCAUUCUCUUGCAUAAUACUACUAUAGAAUGGUGGACUCCGGGCCCCUACCUUGCAGCACGAGCACCUCAGCAUCGAGGGUUUUCUGUGUCUAGGAUUUACGGCAGCGGACAAGUUCACAAGCCAAUCACCGGCCACAGCACGCUUCCCGGCUUCCUCAAUAGCCUCCAUGCGCAACGCGGGGCGACCAUGCUUUCUGCAAGCGUCACAAGGUCAAUGAAAAUGCGAAAGGACGAAGCUCAGGGUCUCGAUCUUGCGCUCGCUUCCUCAGCUCUCGUGCCAAGACGUGGACGGUCAGCAAAUAGUGGAUGUGGACGGUUGCACCACGAAGGAAGCUUUCGAGCGACGGCACGACAACAUCAUCUUCUCACACGUCGUCUUACAUCGUCAGCACUGCCUGUCGCCUGUCACGAUUGCUCCAAGCCCAACUGGCUUCGCCAUUGUGCUCUCGCGGGCACCACGCUCGUUCAAGCUGGUGAGAUAGCAGCGCACAACUAUCGCAGCAAGGUCUCGGUCCGUCUUCCUACGCAGAUAUCAUCACCACCAACUUGGCAAGCCGUGUCGGGCAUCUCUCCAACCUCGUCCGCGCCAGCGAGGGUGAAGGCAGGAUGGACCAAGGCCGGGGCUGUCGCAGCACCGCUAGAAGUCACCUUGCGCGUGCAUUGGCCUACGGCGAGGUGGCAAUGACCAAAGAGCAGGGGCCAAGACAAUGCCGGAUCUGGCUGUGCUCUCUCUUCGUCUCUCGCCCGCCAUUCGUCAGCGUCUGCAGCUGGGCACAGAUAUGCGCGAGGCAGUCAGAGCCAGCAGG